AUGUAUGGGUCUCAUCGAGCCAUGGUCACCGCGCCGCCCAACACGCGCCUGACAGAGCUGCUCGACCAGCUACGACAGGAGUUCGAUAACCAGUCGCGCAGCACCGGCGAGUUCGAACAUCAGUUGACUGGCCAGCUCCAGGAGAUGGAGAUGAUCCGGCAGAAGGUCUACCAGCUGGAGCAGUCCCAGCUCAAGAUGAAGCAAGACUACGAAGCUGAAAUCCGCACACUGCGCAUGGAACUCGAAUCUCGCGGCAUCCACGUCCCUCCAUCACACGUUGGCGGACCACCACCACACGGAGGCCCCUCCCAGGCUCCUCCUCCAGCCCUCGGACAUGGUCCUAGUAACCUCUUUGGAGGCAUCAUGGCCAACCAGGGAGGCGGUGCGCCUGCUCUCGCCCCCCCACCUCCACCACAGGACCAGCAACAGGGCGCCCAACACUCACUGCAGAACCCUCCUAAUGCGCAGGGCCCACCACAGCCUCCCCAGGGCGCCUUUGCCGGCUACCAGCAGGGCUCUGGCGUGAAUGGCUCCGCAUUCGGGCCACCUGCUCCCACAGCAUCUCCUGGUCCUGGAAAAGGUCGCAACGCUCGCGCUCCCGCCGGUCCUGCAACCCCUCAACAAAACCAGCAAAUGGCAUUCUCAGAAGCCCGCCCAUCGCCCCAGAUGCCUCUCCAGACUGCCGUCAGCCAACAGGCUGUGGCUCCUUACCGUACCGUGGGAAACACCCUUGCCGAACUCGACCCAGAUAAGCUCCCACCUAGCCAAAAGAAAGAAAGCAGCGAUUGGUACGCUGUCUUCAACCCAGAGAUCCCGCGUGUCCUUGACGUCGACCUCGUUCACAACCUCGUCCACGACAGUGUUGUCUGCUGCGUUCGAUUCAGCGCGGAUGGUAAACACGUGGCUACGGGAUGUAACCGUUCCGCUCAGAUUUUCGAAGUCAGCACCGGUUUGCUUGUGAGCACGCUACAGGAUGACUCGGUCGACAAGGACGGCGACUUGUACAUUCGCAGUGUCUGCUUCAGUCCUGAUGGAAGGUACCUCGCUACCGGUGCGGAGGAUAAGCAGAUUAGGGUCUGGGACAUUGCCAGCCGCACAAUCAAAAACAUUUUCUCCGGCCACGAACAAGACAUCUACUCUCUCGACUUUGCCCGCAACGGACGUUACAUCGCCUCUGGAAGUGGUGAUAAGACUGUCCGUCUCUGGGACAUUGUUGACGGACCAAAGGGAGGGAAAUGUGUGCGCACCUUUGAGGGACACAAGGACUUCGUGCUUAGUGUCUGUCUAACACCUGACGGACACUGGGUCAUGAGUGGUUCGAAGGAUAGAGGAGUUCAGUUCUGGGAUCCUGCAACUGGUAAUGCCCAAAUGAUGUUGCAAGGCCAUAAAAAUUCAGUUAUCUCCGUUGCUCCAAGCCCGACUGGCCAGCUCUUUGCGACUGGAAGUGGAGACAUGCGUGCUAGAAUCUGGAGCUACUCAUCAUGGAAUAACCGCCGAUAG